CGGGAGAAGGCAGCAGUAGUGCUCACAAGCUCAUGGAGAGCUCAUCCCGUAAGAGGUCAACUAUAUUUAACUACAAAGAUCUCUGCAACCUGUAAAAUGGAUAACGAGUGUCAUUGUUCGGCCAGCAGUGACAGGCUGUCAAAUCCUAUCCUCUUCAACAUCUUGAGCCAAAUGGAUAACAGCAAACCAAGCCAAAACAGUCUCAACUACAAGUCAGUACCUCACAGAUGCAACUGUGAGCAGCGACGGACAGUGUGCCUAAAAAGGCCAUCUGAGAUUUGCAAAGACGCUUCAGCAGUUCUGGUUAAAACCAUCCAGUUCAUGAAGAACUUGCCUGCCUUUAACCAGAUGCCACCGAAUGACCAGUUCUCACUUCUCAAAAGCUGCUGGGCACCCCUCUUCAUUCUGGGUCUGGCCCAGGAGCAUGUGGAUUUUGAGGUGACAGACACCCCUGCUAACAGCAUGCUGAAAAAGAUUCUGCUAAACCAACAGGAGAGUCCUGGGAUGGAGAGGGAGCAGCCCACCAUGGCCGGUGUCAACAAACUCAAGUCCUGCCUCAAAAAGUUUUGGAGUUUGGAUUUGAGUGCAAAGGAGUAUGCGUGCCUCAAGGGGACUGCAAUAUUUAAUCCAGAUGUCCCAGAUUUAAAGGCGGCUCUGUUUAUCGAAGGCUUGCAACAGGAAGCUCAGCACGCCCUCAGCGAGGUGGUCCAGCUCCUUCACCCGGGAGAACAGGAGCGCUUCGCUCGAAUCCUCCUCACAGCUUCCAUGUUGCAGAGCAUCACACCCAGUCUCAUCUCUGAACUCUUCUUCAGACCCGUGAUAGGCCAAGCUGAUCUGCUGGAGCUGUUGGUCGACAUGCUCUUCUGCAGAUAGAAGAAGAGGAGGGGGGACUUUGUGUGACUGUCCUGGAGAAAGAUGAAUCCAAUGUUUUUUAAAGUGCUGAUGCCGAACUUUUUGUUGACGGACCCAAGCAAUGCCUGACAGCUCCUGACAGUGGACUGCUCAAACAAAGCACUUAGAACAGCCAAUGUGUGAUUUGGUGAACAUGAGACUAUUAAUGGCUUGUAUUUACACUGAAGGUGAGGUCACUUUAGCCCAGUCAGAAAAGAUUUCUGCUGACAUGGAAAGAUAAGAGUUUCCACUUAAAGACAGACUGCACCCACUGUUAAUAUACUGUAUCUUAUGUUGAAGAUCUUUUGUGUGUUCUUCAGUGUUGUAAAUACGUCUGCAUUGAUAGAACAUUUCAAAUAAAUAUAUUUUUGUACACAAACAUAAUAAUUGAGUUCUGUCUCAGUCUUUUAAAUUGACUCAAAGCAAGCCAAACCUGACACUAUAUUUGUUCUAAGCACACAAGUACUUCACCUGAGAAUGACACUUUGUCCUGAACAUCAACAUCCCUGCAGUUUAUUUGGCAGGUCGAUCUUGGCUGUCAUGUUGUGCAGCCAAGUAUUGCUCAAGCCCAUGUGUUUUAAUAACAAGGUUUCCAAAAACAGCAAAUAUAUCAGAGAGAAAUGAUGCAAGAGACACAUUGCCAAAAAACCCUUUCAAUAAUAUGGGGUAUACUGGGUCAGUGAAGGAACAAGCAGGUACAUCAGUAGAGAACAUAUUGUAAUGCAGUCUAACAGGGUUUAUUUUCCCUAACUUUGAGGCAAGUUCAAAACUUAAAGGCAAACACUGGCUUUUAAAGCUACUGACUGACCAGUCUGUCACAUUCAGUAUUGCAUAAAAUUCAAAUUGAGAAACCAUAUCUGACUCAUGCAUGCUGUGCUCUCCUUCUUGUUUUACCUGAUUGUAUUCAAACCAAAGUUAAAGGCCAGUGUUGUGUAUCAGUGAUAUACAUUUCUCAGACUGAAGGCAUCCUAACUAUGUGAACACUUCAUCACCUUUUGAUGUUUCUAUUUAGACCACAAAUGUCAAUAUAUUACAGUGUGUAAUGCUUUAUUGUUUGUUUUCCUGUUUUUUCUUGUAGUACUUUGUCUCCCUCUCAUGGAAAAUAAUGGAAGUCAUGUAUAAUCUGAGAAACUAAAGUCAGAGUGUAAAAAA